AUGGCACUUGCUUCGCAACGACCAAGAAGCUGCCACGAGCAUGCGGAGAAGCUCACGCUCUCUCUGCUGGUUUUGGGCUCUUUGGCCGUGGUGGUUUACGCCGGAGACUCCUUCCUCUCAGCAUCCGAGAAAGUUUACCACAGCAAUGGUAAGCCGCUGGCUAUACUGCUGUUGUCUUCGAGUGUGUUUGUGCUGAUCGGUGCCAUGAUCAUGAUUCAGGCAUUUGCAGGAUGGUCCUGUCGCUCAAAUGAUCAGAGCACCGUAGAUCCCGUAGAUCAGGACAGCUGGAGUUACGAAUGGGGUUGGUCUCAGGGACAUGUGUUGCCGGUUCGUCGCAGCUCCCAUCAGAAUCCCAGCGAGGGCUCCCGAUGCUUCAUCUGGGCAUCCUGCACAUACCAGCAGUUGGGUGCGGAUGUAUCCGCCUUCCACACAGCCUACGCCUGUGGGAACCAUACACUGGCAAAAGGGAGCGCGGUCUCCAUCUUGCCUGCCGUUCCGGUGGUGCGCAGCAGCACCUGCGUCUGUUGCUUGGAGGAUUUCCAACCCGGCAGCGCGAUAGCAGUCCUCAAGUGUGGACAUACCUUUCACAAAAAAUGCAUUGAAAGCUGGGUCCUCUCCGGCUCGUCGGCUGCUGGUGCAUGCCCUGUGUGCCGCGAAAGUUUGGAGCUGCGGACGGUGUGA